GUUUGUAGGUAAUGUGUUACAAAACUCAAUGUCACUUGGUGUAUAUUCCAAAUUUAAGCGUUGUGGUGUUGAUAAUUUGUUUAUCAGACUUGAAUCAAAUACGUUUUUAAAAUGGAUAAGGCAAGCCCGAAGAAGGCAUUGAAAAAGAAACGCACGAAAAAUAUUACAAAACCCGUGGUUUCUGACUCUGAGGAUUCGGACAAUGAAAUACCAGAUUUCAAUGGUGUCGAGACCACUUUAAAUGAGAAUGAAGACAGUCUUUUGAGCGAUGGAGGUUGGAGCAGCGAUGACGACCGUGAAUUGGUCCAAAAAGUGAAAUCAACGUCAAAACAAACGGAUAAAGUCAACUACAAAACCCGAUUGAAGCAACUCAAUUGGAAUGACAUCGCUUUCAAAGGCUAUUCAGCCGAAGAUUGCGCGAAGCGCUUCCAGAAUCAUUUAAAAUAUGUGCGUCGCCAUCGUAAUCUGAAUGAAAUCGCCACCGACAUUGAGACAAAUAUCAAAAAGUGCCCACUGAAGAAGCCGCUGAAUAGCUACCAGAUCUUCAUUCAAGAUCAGCUGACCAAUGUGAAGUCAAGCGGAGAUUUUUCGGAAACAAUGAAGAACUUGGGAACGAUAUACAAAGAGUUGCCGUCUGAAGAACGGGCCAUUUAUGAACGAAAGGCCGAGCUACUGCGUCAAGAGUACAAACAAAAGAGAGCCGAGUUUGAUUCGGGCAAUAUUUCAUUGGUAGGCAAGACUAAAACUCCCGUCGAAAAAGCCAAAACGCCGUUCAUGCUCUAUGCGGAGAGCAAAAAGUUGGAAGAAAGUGACUUCUCAAAAUUGCGUGAGAAUUAUACAAAUCUGUCGAUCGAUGAAAAAUACAAAUGGGUCAUAAAAGCCGUCAGUGCGGCUCAGGAUAAAUCGCAAGAAAAUGUUGCAAAAAUCCUAAAUAAAGAAGAGCAGCGAAUUUUCAGAGGUCAACUCAAAAUGACACCGUCAGCAUACCAAUUGUAUAUUAAAGAUUCGUACAACAAAAAAAAAGAUACUCUGGAUGAGCACCAUGAUCCCAAAAACGUGUUCACUGAACUGGCAAAAAGUUGGAAAUCACUCGACCCAAAGAAGAAGCAAAUCUACGCAAAUGCUGCAGCUCUUUUGAAGGAGAAGGCAAUCAAAGAUCAGGAAUCGUUCAACGAGCGUCACGGUGUGAAACCACAGAAAAUGAAGCGACGAAAGUCAACAUACAUUGAACGAGCUCCAGAGGAUGAAUUGGAUCAAGAAGAAGAAGAAGAGGCUGAAAUCGCAUCGAAGCUGAAAAAGCAAAAGAUUUCAAACUCUAGUCCAAUUGAAUCCGGUCCAGAUGAGACAAAUACCAAGCAAAUUCAAUUGAAAUCACCGACAAAACUGAAGUCGCCAACAAAACUAAGUUCGCCAAAGCCAAAUGCAGUGCCAGUAGUUCCAUCGUCUGAAAAGGUCAUUUUACCUCAAUCACGCAGAAAAGAAAUUGUGGCUCAAUCGCCCGCCAAAGUGGAGGAAGAGAAAGAGAAAAAGAAGAAACAUAAGAAGAAAAAAUUGAACUCAGAAUCCAGUGAAUUGGACUCGGAACCCAAUGAUAAGAGUGAAAGCGAUGCGGCCCGUAGUUCAUCAAGCACCGGUUCAAAGAAAAAAUCGAAGAAAGAUAAGAAUUCGGGAACGAUUAAGCCACCAGGCGAUAAGCCACCAUCAGAUUUCUUUAAGUAUUUUGUCAAGCAUGUUCAUACGGGCAAACCACACAAAGCCCAGAAGGCACUUGACAAACUCCCCAAAAAAGAACGCAAGAAACUGAAUGCUGAAUACAAUGAAAAAGUGCAAACAUACAUGGAUCGACUGAAGUUGUACUUAGAAACGCUACCGAAAGAGGAGGCUAUCGCUUAUGUUAAAAGAGUCAAAGCGGCCGAAGAUGCUGAACAAGCCAAUGAAGAAACUGAAGAAGAUAGUUCACAGGAAUAUUGAACAAACUGAUUAAUAUCGGACGAUUUAUUUGACUUCCUCCUAGCAAGAAUGGAAUUAAUUUUUUUAUUACUUUUCCGAUCGUUAUUUUUUUUUCGCAUGCAAUUCAGGUUUAAUUUUCCAUAUUUUCAAUAAAUAAAAGGUAAAAACA